AUGAAAAAAAAACCUUCUAGUAAGAAAAUAAAAGCUCUGGAAAGGGGGCAGUUUGCCUCAAGGCAGAAGGGAGAGAUGGUAGUAAUUGUUUGGAAAGAUUCCAAACUGUUCACAGUGCUCACAACUUGCAAAGAGGGGUUCAGGAUAAAUGGAGAGAGAGUGGUGAGACAUGUGAAAGACAAAACCACCAAGAAGAGAAAUACACACACACUUCCAGCACCUAAUGUAAUAUAUAACUAUAAUGAAUAUAUGGGUGGCGUUGACAGGGCGAAUCAGUUGAGGUCCUACUACACCUCACAACGGCAAACCCACAAGUGGUGGAAAUACAUAUUUUUCUACUUGUUGGAUACAGUCUUGACAAACAGCUGGAUCAUAUUUAAAGAGAUAACCAACUCCAAAUUGACACACAAGUCAUUCCAAGUUCAGAUCUGUGUUUCCCUAGUUGUUGGUUUUUCAUCACGAAAGAAAGUGCUUGUGACUUCCCAGCCUACAAUAGACAGCUACAAGGGACACACACUCAUUUAUGGCAAAGAGCAUGGCCAAUGUUGUAGGCUCUGUAUAAAACUCAAGAGAAAAACAAGAUCCGGAGGGUAUCGCAAAAGUAGCUGCAAGUGUCGUGAAUGUAGCAUUAGCCUGUGCAGGGACUGUUUUCUGCCCUAUCAUCACAUAGCAACUGGAAAGGCAACAUUGUGUAAAGAAACACAGUAUGAUGCUGGGGACCAGAAUGAAGCCAGACAAUUAUGGCACACCAGCCAACCAAGAGGAAGGGAAAAAGGAAAAGGAAGAGGAACGGGAACGGGAAGACAAGCCAGAAAAUAA